AUGCUCUGUAGUGAAAUUACUGUAUUCUGUAUAAGAUGGAGAUUCAUGUUCAAGCAUCUUUUUCUCAUGCAGCCAGAAUCAAUGGCAAAAGUUAUAACUACAUGUUGCAUUUUGCACAACAUGUGUAUCACCUUUGGCAACAGCAAAGAAUAUCUCAAAGAGCUAUUAAGAACAGAUGAGGCCAAUCUGCAAAGAAACACGACUAUCAUGGAUUGGUUCAUUCGAGCCGACAAUACAGAUGGUGCCAGCUUUGAGGCACAUGAUGCUGACAAUGAUGAUGAGGAUUUUGAGGAUCUAUAUGCUGAAAUAGAUAAUUCUCAUACAGAGACUGAAACUGCUUCUGAGGAAAGAGCUAGACGUGAUCAAGUAAAAGAUACUCUUUAA